UCGUCUGACUGACUGCUCAGUUUUCUCACUGUCCCUGAAGGCCUCAUUGACACACUUCGGAAACAGCGGCAGCCGAGUGACUGACUGAAGGAAUCCAUCCACAAGUGUCGCCUCCUUCAAGUUUACAUUCCGCACACAAGGAGGAGUUGCGAGGUCACGUUUAAACCAGGAGGACUAGGUGACUACCCAGGCCACAAAACAUAGAGCUCGGAGCAAAGGGGGGAGCCUCCAAAAAAGACAACACCAACAUCACCAUGGAUGACAUGACGGUGGAGCAGAUGACCAUCAAGGCCAAUCAGGUCACAGACGAGUCUCUGGAGAGCACUCGCCGAAUGCUGCAGCUGGCCGAGGAGAGCAAACAGACAGGCGUCAACACCAUGGUGAUGUUGGAUCAGCAAGGAGAGCAGCUGAGGCGUGCGGAGGAGGGCAUGGACCAGAUCAACCAGGACAUGAGGACGGCCGAGAAGAACCUGACCGACCUGUCCAAGUGCUGUGGUCUGUGUGUGUGCCCCUGUAACAGGGUGUCUUCUAUUGAACACGACUCCCGGUACAAGAAGACCUGGGGGAUUAGCGAUGGCGAGGGAGAAAGUAACAGCUCCGGGGUGGUCUCCAGGCAACCCUCUGGAGUCCGCAACGGACAGGCGGCACAGGUCAACGCGUCCCAGCCGUCCGGACCCUACAUCAAGAGAAUAACUAAUGAUGCUCGUGAGGAUGAGAUGGAGGAGAACCUGGAAGCGGUUGGUGGCAUCAUUGGAAACCUGAGGAACAUGGCUCUGGACAUGGGCAGUGAAAUAGACAAGCAAAACAAACAGAUCGAUCGCGUCACGGAAAAGGCGGAGAUGAACAAAGUGCGUAUCGACGAAGCCAACACACGAGCCAAUAAACUCAUCCAGUAGGGGGCGCGCCUCCAUUUUGGGCCAGUCUUUUGUCUCUGCCUCACGCCUCACGCUACAUUCAAGCAAAAUGGCACAUAGCUACAACUCAAUAUCUUUGUAAACAAUUCAGGAAAGAAUGUACACGGCAGCAGUGUCUUUAGCCUUAACUGCACUAAGAUGUAAAUAAAUACUUAUAUUUUAUUAAUAGUUAGCAGAGAGAAUGGCCACAUGUUCAUACACUUUUUCUAUAAUCAUGCUGGACUUUGAACGCAGCAAGGGCAUAAAAUCGCACCAAAGAGGGAGCGCUUGAAUGCCUCACCACUGCUGAUGCUACCAAAUACAACCCAGGUCUAUAUUGUAUCAUAUCAUAUUCAUAUCUGUAUUUUUCAAAGUGCAUUAAUUCACUGCCUCAUUUUUAGUGUAUUGCAGGUUUAAUCUUAAAAAAAGCAGCCUUAAUACCGAUUGGUUUUCUGUAAUUAGUUGUACUGUGUAAUAUUUUGCUUAUUAAAUUAUUCCUAAUCAAGCAGAAAUGACUUGUGAAUAAAGUGAUGUUUUGUAAGACUUUUUUCCAUGUCAUUUUUGCGUUUUCAGAUGUUAAUUUCAAAAUGUGUGUGCUUUGAUACUAUGUUGUACACUGAUAGAGCGUAACAUUAUGACCACCUGCCUAAUAUGUAAUCAUCAAUUUAAGCUACAAAAUUCAGCCCAUGGCAAACAAGUUGUGAGAGCUGCUAGAUCAGAGUAUUUUCAAAACUGUAGCUUGCUUAUAUUGGGUUUUCCUGAUCUUCAAGGAUCAGAAUGUACCUAUGAGGGUCCACUGGUGAACCAGCCAUAACAGAUAAAUGUGCAUAGUUAGGCAGGGCUGGGCCAUAUGGGGAAAAAAAAUACUCUUAAUCUUAGUCUUUUUCCUCUGUCUUCUUCCUUCAGUCUUUCAAAAAAUGAAAUUUAAAUGUCUCUUAGUUCUGAUUUAAUGAACACAAACAUAAAAUUUAUUCUUUGUUUCUGAAUAUUAGACAGAUGGUCAUAAUGUUGUGCUUGAUUGGUGUAUGGUUUUCUCAAUGCUGGAAUUCAAAGCACUACCCCUGAGUGAUAGCAAUUUAGCUUUAAUUGUAAUUUUUGUGAAACAUUAACGUGAAAAGUUAAUGUGUGUCUUUGGGAGAAUAUUUUCAAGGUUUUCGUCUAUCUUGAGAAAAUCUUUUGUUGUAAUUACUUGUCCUUCAGUUGUGAAAGAUGGACUAUAUGCCUACUCCACAGUUUUAUCUCUUUUGUAGCUUGUUAUAUAACAGAAUUGGGGAAAUAUUGUCAGAUUUUUCUUUUUAGUUUUGACAUAAUUAUUUAUGUCCCUGUUUUGACUGGAUAAAUGAAAACUCAAAACUUACCCCGCCAUCAUUUUGUUAAUCUAAUUUAUUCUCAGUUUCCCUUCUGUUAAUAAAGAUUUAUUAUAGGACCCAAGAGGAGAUUAACAGACUACGCCAGGCUCCGACACAAGUCCGGGAGCGCAUGAAAAAUUAAUUUACCCAAGUUUAUAAUUGCGAUUUGUGAAAAUGCAUGAAAACAAAUUUGCCGGUUAAAGAUGCAGCUUUUGCUUGUUUUGUCUCAGUGCUGCUAAUUUCACAUUACUAGAUCAUUAUAUCAUGUACAGAGCUGUGUGAAUGUUUGCCUUCUAAAUUAUAUGAACAAAAUAAUAUGCAUAAAAGCUUAACGAUAAAAUAUAUAAUGGGUUGUGUUUACGUGAUAUCAAUAUUGUAGAACCUCUGUUGUCAUUACUGGGCCUAUCUAUUUACAUGAAACAAAAACUGGCACAAAGUUCAAUAUUUUAGACUUAGACAAACUUUAUUGAUCCACAAGAGAAAUUAUUUGGACACAUUAUCUCCCACAUCACAAUGUAUUGAAAUAACAAAUGGUAGUCAGGCCCGUCAAUAGAAAUUUGGGGGCCCAGGGCAAGAAGCCUCACAUGGCCCCCCCCAAUAUAAUUUUAUAUUUUUUGACCCCUAAAACCCUGGGGCACGGGAAUAAAAUGUAAAAAUAUAAAAUAAAAAAAAAAUAUGGCAACUGGCAACUCCUAAAUGGAUUUUAUAUUGAUGAAAAUUUACAAAUUAAUACAAAAACUGAACAAAAUUUUAUAUCUUUGAAUAGUCAAAUGUCCUCAAAAUGUCACCUAAAAAAAAGCUGAACCAGUAAAUAUCCUCAUCUCAAAAUGGUUCCUAUCAAAAUUGCACUCUAAAAUCUAUUACUUGCCUUAAAAUUACUGCACAGCUUUUACAAAAUGAAUCAAAAAUGAAAUGUUUAAAAUUGUACAGUGCCUUUUGCUUUCCCCUUUCUAGACGGUUGUGUUGUAACAGCCACAGUCUCACCAGCAGUGCCUCCAAAGCUGAACCUACACAGGGAAAAAAUGGUCAUAUCUCAUGAUGGAAAUGCAUAAUGUGUUUAGUGAAUCUGUAGCCAAGCUGAGAGGAUUAUAGAGCCAGCAGCGAGAACUAUACAUGCAAAUGAAUGUUUAGUGCAAAUGCAGAAACUCCUGGCGGGCCUCAUAAUGUCCGACCUCGCUGUGGAAAAUUGGCUAAUGAUAAAAUGAUAUAGCUAGUGAAAAAAAAAAAAAAACAGAUCUGUAUCCAUCUUAUUUGUUUUGAAGAAAAUGUUCCUUUCGUAUGCCAUCGCUUCCAGGCAUACACGCAUUGAGUUUGUAAAGAUGACAACAAUUCAAGGUUUCAUAUUGCUAUAAGCUAUGUAGCAUCUUUAGCAUAUUGUCAACUAUCAUCUAAUUACUAAGGUUGUCUUGGGGCUGUUUUUGCAUUGUUCUGUCAACCGCCACUGGAUGUAUGUUUGAAAUUGUCUAUUAAAUUCAAAUGCAGCUCAACUCAUAUUAGCCUGCUUAAUGGAGAAAUGCCUUUUGGUUCCAUCUGUAAUAUUGUUCAUACUUAAUAAAUCAAUUCUGAAAUGUG